CCUCAAGCGCCAUGGCAUCUGUGCGUUUUUCGGCUACCCGGCUCCUUCGACACGCGCGAGUUUCUGCCUAGGCAACCUUUGAAUUCUUGUGUUCAGCUCGUCUUGCGGUGAUCCGACUGCAGCCACGUUAAUGGUACUUCGGAUACAACCUCUGACUUUCUCUUCUGCCAUCACUUCCAGCAUGAGUUGGGACGUGGCAAAGUCCAUCGAGCUGCACAAUCGCAUUGUCGCCCAUGCAUGCUCGCACCUUCCACCCGAACACCAACCCAUCAUCCAGCGCAACUGGUUCUCCACACACUCACUAGAUCCAGCUUCCCCGGGCUUCGAAUUUGAUCUUGACGAUGAACUCACAGAAUUCCUGUCUGGGAUCGAUCUAGUCGUACCCAACGAAGCCAGUAAUCAUUUAGCUUUCAACCCAGUCCUCGUUGGCAUCGUGAACCCUCACGGUCCUCACGGUUUGAGAAACCAGUCCUGGGAGUGGUCUGACGACCACGCUGAUCUCAUCGUGCUGUACCAGAACACGGGGUAUGAUCCAGCUGGGUUAGUUUACAAUCUAGCAACGCAGCAGGUUGCCUACUUGGAAGACGCAUUUACCUCACCCUAUACACCCGAUGAGAUGAAGCUUCCGUGGGCUGAUCUUGAUGAAGUUCUACAACUCUAUUGGGACUGCGUCGAAUCUGGGAAGUUUGUUAUAGAUGCGCAAAACCCCGGGUUUGGCGAACCUGAUAAUCUUGCGACGCAGGGGUGGAGAGUUGAGCAAUGUACAGAGAAAGAGAUGGAUCAGGUGCUGGAUGUGUGGGGUAAAUUAGUUGAUGUGAUCACGAAGAGGCUGCCUGCAUCCGACAUGCGUGGGGAAAUGAACCAAGACGAAGACCAGAGAGAAGACGAAGGACCCCAGCGCAAGAAGAGGAAGAAGCACGAAGAAUAUUUGAUCUCUACUGAGGUCUUGAACAAGUACCCGGCGAUCCCACCGUUCGUGCGCACCUUCCUCUCAAGAGCUAAAAAGCCUCCCUUCAAAUCUAUCGCACCGCAGCUCGACGUGCCUGAUGAGGACUUCAUCCAUCGCGUAGGAGCAGAGAUUCAAAAGAGAUACCACGACGCUACUCUCGAAGAGCCGCAACACGAGAUAUCCGAGCGUCAUCUGUUUCUGCUUUUCCCAUGGCGCACGCCGGGCAUACAACUCAUUUCCGAACGCGACCAGCAGAAUUGGAAGCCCAAACAUCGAUCUGGUGUACUGGACAAUCGCGGAGGUCUGUACAUUUAUUCUGAUGACUUCUACUCACAUUGCGGCACAUUACUGCUUCCAUUUCCUCUGGGGGGUAACGGUCAUGUUCUGCGAGGUGAUGACACCAAAGUAAAAGUAACUGAGCCGGGUCAAGAUGUGCUGUAUCAUCGGGGCUUGGGCAAUCCCUUCCUACCUGGCUGGGGAAUGCCGUUGAUUCCUUUACUGGUCAACUGGUGGGAGCAGGUCGAAAAUGACGCCUGGGGUGUUGAUGAGAAUGGAGUUGCUGGGGGAGAUGAGCUCUGGAAGAAGGCGGAUACCGAAGAAGACGCGGAGGACUUCAAGAUUCAGUGGUGAUGCUUUCGAAAAGCACGACUUGAAUUGCUGUUGCGCAUCGUCUGCGCGACGAUGGGAACGCUCGCUUGCGUGGAAGUUUACUGACACAAGCAUGAUUGCU